UUUUUUUGAUACAAAUGUGAUUAUACUAUUGGUUAUUUAGAAAAGAUAUUAAAUUUUGAAUCAUUUUUAAACUUUAAUACUUUUGGAUUUUGUUAUUGAUUUUUGAUACUAAUGACUGAAGCAUCAUUAUUUAAUAUUUGUGAACAGUUACUUUCUGAGAAACCUAAAAUAAGGAUUGAUGGUCUGCGUAAUUUAAAAUUUAUAUUAAACAAUUCUAGAAAAAUGCAAUUUGUUGGAGAAAAAUGUUACCAAAGAUUAUUGGAAUGCUUAAUUAAGGCAGUGGCUUUCGAAAAAUAUAGUAGCAUUCAGAGAGGGAAAUUAAAUAAUUCUAUGACAUUUGCUCGUCUUCAAGAAUACGGUGUGGUUUUGCGAUCUGUUAUUGAGUUGGGAAACAAAUUUUUGAAAGUAAAAACUUUUUCUCUUGUAUUAAAUCAUAUUAUCGAUACAUUGUCUAUUUCUGAAGAAACUUUAUAUCAAGCAUUAAGUAUCGACUAUAUUAAAUGUCUAAAAUUAAUUCUUUCUUAUCCUCCACAUGUAGAACAUCUUAGUGUCAACGAAUGGGAGAAAUUAAUUCUAUUUUGUUCCUCAUUUAUUAUUAAUCUUGAAGGUAGUUUUUCAUUUUCUGACAAGAACGUUUUGUCUAGUGAUAUUGAGUUAUUGGAAGAAUACAGGCAACCUUUAAAACAUGUACAGCGUAUAAAACAUGAGAGUAUUGAGUUAAUGUAUUGUUUACAAGUUCUUGUUAGUUGGUCUUCUGCUCCAAUAAGUGAUUGUUUGUUUAAUCUUGUGAAUUUUUUAUUAAAUUUUUUAUCUUUUUAUAGUUCAGAAACUAAUGCUCACUUGUUUGCCUUUACUGCUCUUAAUUCAGUCAUUCAAAAAAUAAUGAUAAAUAAUUUUGAGUUUUUGUUUCAAGUUGCUCAUACUAUGAUAAAGCUUUGUGUAAAACUUUGGAAUACAAAGUCUUUUCUUUUAAAGAAUCAGUUGAUUAUAGGACUUUUAUUGGCAUAUCCCCAUUGGUAUAGAGGAUUUAAUGAAUUAUGUCGAAAUGUUUUAGAGACAGAUUUAAUUAAUUUAUUUCAUUGUAUUCAAGCUGAUUACAUUACUUUGCAAGAUAAAGAAAUGUUGAGUAUAAAUGAUAUUACUCUUCAUUCUCCUAUUUUAAAGGGAAAUGUUGGGUCUUUUUUUUGCUUUAGUUCUUCAUUACGUUGUUUAGAUUUAUCUUUGACUUCAAAGAAAUCUGAACAAUAUUUUUUUAUUCUUCAAAUAGCUGCUUCUAUAAUUCAGAUAUUUGAGUCUAAGGGAUCCAAUUUUUUAAAAUAUAUAUGUAAAAAUGAUAAUGAUGAAUCUUUAAAAGUACAUCAAGUUUUAUCUUUUUUUGAGAAAUUUGGGUAUAAUGUAUCCAGAUCAUCUAAUUCUACCAAAAUAUUUUGGCUUCAAAUAAUGGUUUUUUUUUUUGAAAGAGCUGAGGUUUGUUUUUGUGAUGAUUUUUCUAUUAUUUUACGUCAUUUUAUAAAUUUACUCUCGGAUAAUGACGCUAUUGUGCAGACGUGGGCACUUUUGGGUAUUGGUAGCUUUGUAUCUUGGAAAAAAACUUAUCAUCAUGCAAACUGCUUGAUCUCAGAUGUUUUAGUAAAUACGGAUAUUUUACAGUUAUGCUUACGGAAGUCUGCUGUUCCAAUUACAUGCAGAUCAGCAUGUCAUGUGCUUUCUCUUUUUUUGGAGCUUGAUUUGGUAGAUACUGCAAUGAUGUUAUCUGUUUUUCGACAUGUCUUUGAUUCUAUUGAGAUAAAUGGCCCUGCGAUUAUUUCUGGUGAUAGCUAUCGUUUUCUUCUUCUUCUUCUUUUUCGUUUAGAACAGAACAAUUGUUUAGUUGGAAUUAAUGGAUCUUUGUGUUUAUUACAAUGGUUUUUAUCACGCUGGAAUUCUAUGGAUUUUCUAAAAGGAUCAAAUAUAUGUUAUUUUUCUAACUUUUCCGUACAUGUUGAAUUUCUUAUUAGUUGUUGUUUGAAUUCUGGAUUUGUCAUUAAGAAUAGGCAGAAUUGUCAAUUCGGUAGUAUUGGAUUGUUUUCUUUGAGACAAAAUUUUUUUAAGAAUGUUUUACUAUAUUUUCUUAUACAAGAAUUAAAUAUUUCUGAUGAAGAAGAUUUAUAUGAUGAAUUUGAGGUUUUAAGAAAUAAAAUUGUUUUGGAAAGUAAGUUUAUUGUUUUGGAAAGGGUUAUGUUUAUUAUUUUACCUAUUCAGAAUACAGUUAAAACUGUUCAUAGUCGAUGGACUGAAUUGCUUAAAGAGUCUACUCAUAUUAAUGUAGAUGUUUUUCGAUUAUUUGUUGAAUUUUCAUUUAUUGUUAUUUUAUUUACAUAUUUUAUACUCAGUAUCAAUAAAAAUAUGGAUGAAUUUAUUGAAAUUUCAUUGAAUUUGGUAAAAGAAAUAAUAAAGUUUUUGGCUUCUGAGAGUUGUUCGCGUGAUCAAAUUGAUACUGUACUUUACUGUUUGAAUGGAAUUUUUCGUUUAAGCUUUGAGGUUUCUUUUACAAAAGAGAACUCUUAUCUCAACAAGACGUCUUUGAAUUUAUUUCGUCAAGAAAUUUAUGCUUUAUUGCAAAUAUUAAAACAGCGUAGUAGUUUUUUCCAACUGCAAGAUUCUAGUCGUGUAAUAAUGGAUGAUGAUGAUGAUAGACCAUUAAUAGUUUAUCAAGAAAAUAUAGAAAAAUAUAUUCCAUUUCUAAGAAACUACAUUGAUGCGAAGUAUUCUGUUAAUAGUAUGAAAGCUUCUGUUUUAUUAUACUUAGAGUUUGUUUUAUUGGGUAGCGAAUCAUUAGAUAUCUUUAAUAUGUCAGGCUUUCAUUUACAAAAAUCUGUUUUAUUUAUUCUUUUCAAGAAUCAAAUUGGUGAUAAUCUUAUUCAACUCGGGUUCUUUUUAAUAAGUUAUCUUUUAUCUUCAAUUGAUAAGAUGACUGAAGACGAUAUAUCUGAGAUUUUAGAAAAUUUUGCAAAAACCUAUUUAACACAAUAUGAAUUUGAAAGAUCUGAUGUUGUUUUAAUGGUUUCAGCUGAUUUGCUUAUGGUUAUAGUUAAAAAGUGGUUAACUAGUGAAAAUAACUCUCCAUUAAGAAAAGUUUUUGGGAAAAUUCUUGAAUGGAUAUUGAAAAUUACUUUAGAAAAUUGCUUAGCAUCUUUUUAUGCGCGAAUUCGGGUGUUGAAGUUGUUAAAUUCUAUUUAUAAUAUUAGUAAAGAUCACGGUUUAAGUUUAAAAUCAUUAAAUAUAGCACCUAAUGAAAUAUUUUUGCAAUUAUUAAAGGAUCAUGAUUUAGGAAUCUUGUAUUCAGCAGUUAUGAUGAUUAAAUUUGUUUUUCAGGAAUAUGAUCCUAUAGAACAUUCAAGAGUUUACUUUGAUAUUAUUAGUCAAUUAGAAAUAAACGAGGAAAAAUUUGAAAAGAUUGCUUUACGGGCCCUUAUUUUAAGUAAUAUUUUAGUUGUUUCUGAAUAUGUGAGAAAAGCUGCUUUUUAUAAUUUAAUAGAAUUAGGUAAACUAGAUUCCAUUUCUCUCUUUGUUUUAAAAUGUUUACAAUGGUCAUGUAAAAUAUUAUCUUUGAAAUCCGAGUUAUCUCUUUUUAAUGCUUAUCGUUCUCAAGUUAUUUGGUCAUGGCUGAAUUUUGAAGGAAAAUUGGAUAAUUUUCCUUUUAAAGUAUUAAAUUUUUCGUCUAACAUUAAUUUUUAUUCUUCGAAUUUUGAUGAAAUAAUUCCUCAGCUUAUUUUAUUUGGAAAAAAUGAGUAUUUAAUUGAUAUAUCUAAUUUAAUUCAAGUAUCUUUAAAAAAAGAGAUUCGAGAUGCUUUUCAUAAAAUAGUUGGAUAUGUUUUGUUAUCUUAUAAUGAAAAGAAUAUGGAUUCAGCAUUAAUAUUUGAUUCUUUUUGUAAGAAUUAUUUGGAUGAUGAGGAGUUUACGUAUCUUUUAAGAUCUAAAUUUCCUAUGAUACUUAGUGUAUUAUUUGGAUCCAUGAAAGAUGAAAUGUUUAUAUCGAAAAUUUUUUGUCAGUUUGAUUUGAAAAAUGAGGCAAUUAAUUUUGAUGAAAUAAGUGAUUUUGGAAUUUCUGAUAGUUUUUUUCCUGAGCCAUCUCGUCCAUUUUACAAGGUUGGGUGUAUUUUAAAAAGUAUAUGGGAUCUUUGCAAAUAUAGCGACAUGCCAAUGUAUAAACUAAAUGAUGUUUAUAUAAUAGCUUAUAUUUUUCGAUAUUUAAUGCUACAUUGUCAAUUAGGAACUUCUUUAAGUGAGAAAUGUUUACAUUUACGAAAGUUUAGAGUCUUUAUGUGUUUAUUAGAUAGGAGCUUGAUUCGUGGUUAUAUUUUAAAAGUUCUACUUCAAGGGUUGUUGGAAUAUUUAUGUUUUCCUGAAUGUUUUAUAGAUGUUUCGGGGAUGCUUCGAUAUCUUUUAAUGUGUGGAUAUCGUUGUCAUGAUUUUUCUACAAUUCGGUCUACUGUUUUUUUAAAUGUUAUUAUGAGCCUUAUCAGAUAUGGGGUUGUUAAUAUUAAGUCAAAUUGUUUCAAUAGUAUAAUAAUAAAUAGGCUUUUUGCAUGGAUUAUUGAAUAUUGUGAUUUAAUUGCUAAAAUACAGGAAUUAUCUUCUAUUUCUUCCUUUUUGAAGUCCUAUUACAAAGUUAUGAUUUGUUCUGAAGAGUUUUCAUCAGCUAAACCACGACAUAUUAUGACUCUUUCUGAGUCGCUGUUAAACAAUAUAGAAUUUUUUGAUAAAAAUUCUGCUUUAAUUUUAUUGGAAGUUUUUCAAAAAGAUUCAACAGUUUUAUUAUCUGAAAGUGACAAAUUUAUAUUGAUUAAAAAAAUAUUAUUUUCUAUUUGUGAUAUGUCAAAAAUAUCUUUAUCUCUUUUACAUUAUGGUGCACGAGUUUUAGGACAAUGGUAUGUGAGAAAUAAAAUCAUAAAUAAAGCAAUUUACUUCGAACUUAUGAACAGAAAGAAGCUGUCUAGUUUUAAAGUAAGGACAUUUAAAGAUCCUAGAUUUGAUAUUUUAUCGACUGUGUUUUCUCUUUUGAAUAAAGGUGAUCAUACUAUUUUGAUAAUUGUAGAAAAGACGUUAAGGAAUAUUUUUGAAAGGAUAUCUUCAGAAGUGUUUGAUGAAUUUGUGGGUUAUGAGUAUAGAGAUAUUGCUACUAUAUAUAUAUCUAAUCUGUUUGUAUCUGAGAAAAAUCAAUCAUUGGAGCAUUUUUCUGUAGAAUUCAAUGAAUAUUAUUGGAAAGAUAAGACUAUAUUGUUUUCCGAUUGGCUUAAGUUUUUACUUUUGACGAUUCUUUAUAAUUUUAAUAAUGAUUUUGUAUUUGGAUGUUUGGGUGAUCUUGUUGAACAUGUUACAGGUUUUUCAGAAAAAAUCUUUAUUUUUUCAGUGGAUUAUUUGCUUCUCAACAAAGAUAUUGGAGAAAGUAUUAAAAUUAUAGCAGUUUUGAAUGAAAUUGUGAAUUUUGUUUUUUCUCAAUAUGAAGAUGCUUUUUAUCGUCCUCAUAUAUGCUUAAUGAUAGAAAUGAUACUUUAUCUUCGGUCUCAGCCAUCCGAGAUACAUUAUUCUGGAUUUGAUUUGAAUUUUCGACUUGAAAUAAAUUAUUUUAAUGCUGCUCUUGCUGCCGCUUCGUGUCAGUUUUGGGAAACAUCAUUAUUGUUUAUAUAUAUCCAUUGGACAGCAAAUGAUUCUAUUAUUGAUGAUGAAAUGCUUAAACUUCUUACUGUUGUAUAUAAAAAAAUAAAUGAUCCUGAUUCAUUUUAUGGGAUACCAUAUGCAGUAUCUUUAGAGAACAUACUUUCUAGACAUAAAUUUGAAGGAAAUGGGUGGAAGAGUCUUUUUUUACAUGGUGCUGCAUUGGAAAAUGAUUAUAGGAUGUCAUCUUCAAUGACUAAGAAUGAACAUGUAUUUGGAGUAAUGGAAGCUUUUGAUAUGUUGGGUUUUAGAUCAUUUUCGAGGAUGAACUUUUUUUAUUUUAGAAAUAAUGUAACCGUUGGUUUUCUAAAGGAUCAAUAUUCUUCCUCAUGGAGACUUGAACAAUGGGAUCUUCCAUGUUCGCCAUUAAGUUCUAACUUAGAUCAUGUUAUAUAUAAUAUUUUGCAGUUAGUCAAUAAGGAUGCGGAACAAAAUGUUUUUUUUAAUAUUCUGGAUAUUGGGUAUUCUAUGAUGGUAGAUUUUGAGAAAUAUCCGGUUUUAUCUGACAAAAGAAUAACUGGUUUGAUAAUGCUUACAGAAAUUGAAGAGAUUUUUUUGUGUUCAUCUUUUGCUGAUGUUUGGUUUCGUUGGGAAUCUCGGUUAUCUAUCUCUAAUCCCAGCAUAAAAUUUGUUAGUAUUGAACCUAUUUUAUCUUUAAGACAAGUAUUAUUGAGUUCUAUUUUGAAGAAUUCAUCGUUUAUAAAGUAUUCUGUUGAUAAAUCAUUAAUUCGAAAUUGUUUAAUAAAAACUCUUGUAGAAUUGUCUCACGUGGCUCGUAUUAAUGAUAAUUUACAAAUUGCGUUUUCAGCAAUUACAUAUGCAGAAAAGCUUUUAAAACUUGAUUUAAAAGUAAAUUCUGAGCUUCUUUCUCCUGUUGUAAUUGAAAUAUCAAGGGUAUUAUGGGAUCAAGGGGAUAGAAUUAAUUCUGUUAAACUAUUACGUGAAAUAGUUAGUGAUAAGGAUAUUGAUCUUUCUAGAAAACAUGAAAUUUCUCCAGAGUUGCUUGCGCAGCUAGCUUCAUGGACAUCAGUUUUAAGAUUAGAAAGAUCGGAUUUUAUUAUGGAAAAAUAUUUGAAACAUGCAGUUAGGUUGUUAGGUGAUAAAAAGUAUGGGAAUGAGGCUGGAUAUGUAUUUCACGAGUUUGGUUUUUUCUGUGAUAAGCAGCUUGAAUCACUUAAUAAUCAUGAUGAUUUUGAGAGAAUUCAAAAAUUGAGGAAACAAAAAUCUGAAGAACUUGCAGUAUUAGAUCAGAUGAUUUCUAAUGCUUCUUUUUAUGAUAAAAAGGCUUUGCUUCUUCAUCGAGAUAAAGCAAAGGCGCUUUUUGAUAUUGAUGAUAUAGAAUUUAAUCGUUUGAUCGAAAAUAAGGAAAUUUAUUUACGGAAGAGUAUUAAAAAUUAUUUAAGAAGUUUAAUUUCUUGCGACAAUUAUGAUCAUAAUAUUUCUAGAUGUAUGAGUUUAUGGUUAUCGAACGUUGAAAAUGAUGCUGUUAAUCAAACAGUGCGUAAAUUGAUUUAUAAUAUAGCCACUCACAAAUUUUUGCGAUUAUUUACUCAGCUUGCAUCUAGGCUUUCUGAAAAUAAGAGCUAUUUUCAAUUUAUUUUACAUGAGUUAAUAAAACAUAUAUGCGUUGAUCAUCCUUAUCAUAGUUUGUUUUAUUUAGUUUCGUUAAGACAUACAGUUAAUAAAGAUGAUAAAUUAGGAUUGCUAAGGAAAAAGGCUGUUGAUGCUGUUUUAUCUGAGCUUUCAUUGCCUAAUGCUUUAGGAGAUAUGCUUAGACAGUUUAUGAAUCUUUGUUCCGCGUAUGCUGAUUUUGCUAUUUAUAAAAUGAAAAAAAAGGAAUAUGGAACAAGUAAAAUUUCUUUUUCUGUAUAUCCUAAGUUUAAUGUAUUUUUGGAAGAUAUUCCAAAAUACAGGCUUCCUCCUCCAACAAUGGAUAUAUCAAUUCGUAGUGACUGUAACUAUAAUGAUGUUCCUGUUAUUUCACAUUAUUCUCCUUAUUUUAUGCUUGCUUCAGGUAUUAGUUUACCAAAAGUUAUAGAAUGUGUGAGUUCUGAUGGGAAAUUUUAUAAACAAUUGGUUAAGGGAGGCAAUGAUGAUCUUCGUCAGGAUGCUAUUAUGGAACAAGUUUUUCUACAAGUUCAUGCUUUUCUUCAGAAGAAUCGUCUAACUAGGCAGAGGAAUUUGGGUAUACGUACAUAUAAAGUUCUUCCUCUUACAAAAAAUGCUGGCAUUCUUGAAUGGGUUUUAUAUACGUUUCCUAUUCAGGAUUAUUUACAUCCUGCUCAUGAAAAAUAUAAUCCAAAAGAUUGGACUCCUGACCAAUGUAGGAAGGCAAUAGAUUGUGUUUCGAAAAAAAGUAAGGAAAUUAGAUUUCAGACAUAUAAUAGAGUUGUUUCUCAUUUUAAACCUGUUAUGAGGCAUUUUUUUAUGGAUCAUUUUUCAGAUCCUAAAGAUUGGUUUCAAAAGCAAUUAAAUUAUACAAGAAGUACCGCUGUUAUUUCGAUGCUUGGUUAUGUAUUAGGUCUUGGUGACAGACAUGGACAUAAUAUAUUAAUAGAUAAGACAAGUGGAGAAGUAGUUCAUAUAGAUUUAGGUGUUGCUUUUGAUCAGGGCAAACUUUUGCCAAUUCCAGAAACUGUGCCAUUUCGUUUAACAAGAGAUAUUGUAGAUGGUAUGGGUAUUAUACGAACAGAAGGUGUUUUUCGAAGAUGUUGUGAAUUUACGUUAAACGUGCUUCGUGAAGAAGCAUUUAAUAUUAUUAGUAUAUUGGAAACUUUAAAAUAUGAUCCAUUGUAUAGUUGGACAAUAUCUCCUUUAAGAAUUAGAAAAAUACAAGAAAAUGAAACAUUGGUUAAUAAUAUUGAUAAUGAUUUUAAUAAUGUAAAAGAGAAUAGCAUUGAUGGAGCUGAAGCAGAAAGAGCAUUAUUAAUAGUAUCUCAGAAACUAUCGAAGACAUUGAGUGUUGAAGCUGCAGUGAAUGAGUUAAUACAUGAAGCUACAAAUCCGAAUAAUCUUGCAUUGCUGUUUUGUGGAUGGGCAGCAUAUUUCUAAAUAGUGGAUAUGUUUUUAUUAAUAAAAAAUUAUAAAAUUUAAAUAUAUAUAUGGAUUUUAGAAAUGAUAUAAUGAAAUCUUUUUAUUUUUGAUUAUUAGUUUAUAGACUGUUUUUAAUUGGGUGCUAAUUUUUCAAAUUCCUUCGAAUCUUUAAUGGCCUGAGCUUUAAGCCAUAAUAUGUUUUUUUGAUUAAUGCUAGAUAAUGUUUUCUUUUCUAUAUAGUUCCAAGAUGAAAUAGUUGAAGAAGGAGUUCCCCUUUUUAGAAAAUGUUUUUGAAGAAUAGAUAAUUUCUUUAGAAGUUGAUAAAUGUUCAAUGAUUCGCCAUGCGGGAUUUUUUCAGGAUUUGAAGGUGUUAUACAAUCCAUAUUUGUUUCUUUUCUUAAUACAUGAUCUAUAUCUAUACUAGAAAAAAAUGCACAUGACUUAUUUUAUUAAUAUAGUAUUUUAAGUUAAUAAAUAGAAUACCUGUGG